AUGGCAAGCAAAGAAAGCUUCGCAACAAAUGAGGAAAAAGAUGAAAGUUUCGGCAGCAAAGAGCAGGUUAUUGAACCGUACAUGUUUGAGCCAAACCAGGAGGAACAUGGCGAAGCUAGUGACGAUUCGAGUGAAGAUUCUGGGUCAGAAGAGGACGAGUUUGACGAAGAAUUCGAAUCGGCUAAUGCUUGGUGUCGUACUAUGCUUGAAUGGUGUAAGUGCAGGAAAUGUGCGAUAAUGGAGAAGACCAUUGAAAGCUUCUGUUGCCAGCAUACUUUGAAACCCGGACUCGGACUCUAAGAAAAUCCAGACUCGAGAAAAACCCGGACCCGGACUUGAAAAAAAUCCAGACUCGUGUUUAAGAAAACCCGGACUUGACUUUUGAAAACCCGGACUCGAAAUAGAAAAAAACGGAUUCAAAACAAGGACUCUGUGUUUUGGAAAGGUUUAAUAAUAGUUAACAUGAUAAACGAUGAUCUCUUUAUAACAAUAAUGAUGUAUAUAUCUUUAAAUAAAUUUCUAGAGUGCUGUUGCACUAUCUGGCGUAGUGCUGAUAAAGAAUCUGAGUUGCUCGGUAAUAAUUGCGGGUGUCCCUAUCUCUUCCCGCUUUCUACAUAUAGAUAUAGAUAGAAUAUACUUUAUUUCAAAAGCAAUAAGCUUGGUUUUGAAACAUGUAGAUAAUUUUUUCUUCAAGUGACUCAGUGUUAUGUGAGGAUACUAAUCAGUAAUCAUACUAUGAUUCCUCACAAAAUAAUCACUAUAUAGUAUACCUGAAAAAAUUAUUUAGACACAUAAAACAGCUCAAUCUACCCUAGACCUAAUAAAAUUAAUAACUAAAAUCUGUCUCAGCAGUCAAGAAUGUCUUGUGUGGAAACCAUCUCGUUCAGUACACAAGUGCUGCAACCAUAGCAAACAACGUGUGAGACUCAAUACUGACAAUGAAGUUUGACAAUAAAUCAAGUUAUUUUGAGAAUCAACAUGCUACCCUCGUACUAGCUACUUGUAGCCAUAUGCAUAAAUGAGCCGUGGUUAUAUGCAAGGCACUUCGGGCAAUUGAUGAACGCAUUGCCUAACGAGCGUCUCAAUAUCACUGAAUUCAUGCCAAUUCACCCAAUGCGAAUUUCACUGUCGGCAUUGCUGUGACACCUUCCUUUUUUUUGUUUCCACUUUAAGAUUGCUUUCCUUGUGAUGUAUUUUCUACUAUUUUUUAUUAGGAAUAAUUGUGGGUGUUCAAUUCGUGUUUGUGAACUUUAUCUUAACAAAAUUGAGAAAAUAAACGUGUUUACAGCAGCAUCUUGCCCAAAUAUUUGAGAGCACUUUAUUAAUAUCAAAUUGCCGCAACACCUUCAUUGCCUUCAGCAUGUGAUGUGCUUUUCUGGAUCGGUUGAAGUUACUUUGCUAAAACGGAAAUAAUUUUUAUUGAGUUUGUUUUUUGGCAAUAUAUAUAUAUAUAUAUAUAUAUAUAUAUAUAUAUAUAUAUAUAUAUAUAUUCAGGACUUUGAAAGCUAUCAUUGGAUUUGCUACCAUUGAAAUGAUGGCCUAAGCCACAAAACAUGGUCGAGUUAUUUUUCGUGUCGUUUUGACAAAUUUUUCGAAAGUGUGCUGUCCAUUGAUACAUGUGUUAGGGUAUAUUUUACCCUUGCGGCCAUCACAUUGUCUGCUAUGGUUGCAGCAAUCAUGUAUCGAGAUGGUUUCCAGACAAGACAUUCUUGACUGCUGAGACAGAUUUUAGUUAUUAAUUUAGGUUUAGAGUAGAUUUAGCUACUCGCGGAAGUAUGCAUAAAUGCAUUUUGGUGUUCAAGUGCCUAAAUGAUUUGUCCAGGUUUACUAUACAGGGUGUAUAAAAAAAACUGAACAGAUUUGAAAUUGCUCUCAAUUUCGCAAAACACCUAUUUGUAUCUUUUUUAUAUAUAUAUAUAGCUUCUUUGGGUACUUAUAAUAUAAAAUAUUGAAAAAAAUUUCUCGAUCGCAAAUGUUGUGAACCAGGGGGGGGGUGUCUUUUCCAACAAAUUAAAAAUGGCUCACGCACAAAAUUUAAAAGCUGUAAUCAUAAUUUGAGUUAAUAGAUUGAACAUUUGUCGGGUUUUUAAUUACUGUACAAAAUUUCAGACAAUUUGGUUUAGUUUAAGCCCCUUUAACUAUUCAUUUUGUUCUAAAAAGUCAGCCUUUCGCAUGCUUAAUUAAUGCCUUUACCUACUUUGCAUAUUGCUGACAUAUGCAAAUUAGGCAAAUGCAUUAAUUAAGCAUGCAAAUAGCUGAUUUUUCGGGAAAAUUGUAACUUUGCGUGAAUAGUUAAGGGGCUUAAACUAAACCAAAUUGUCUGAAAUUUUGUACAGUAAUUAAAAUCUCGACAAAUUUUCCAUCUGUUAACUCAAAAUAUGAUUGCAGCUUUUAAAUUUUGUGCGCGAGCCAUUUUUAUUUUGUUGGAAAAGACACACCCCCCUGGUUCACAAAAUUUAAGUUCGAGAAAUUUUUUUCAUUAUUUUACAUUAUAAGUACCCAAAGAAGCUAUAUAUAUGAGAGCAAUUUUAAAUCUGUUCAGUUUUUUUUUAUACACCCUGUAUAGUGAUUAUUUUGUGAGGAAUCAUAGUAUGAUUACUGAUUAGUAUCCUCACAUAACACAUAACACUAGAGUCACUAGAAAAGAAAAUGAUCUACAUCUUUCGAAACCAAGCUUAUUGCUUUUCAAAUAAAGUAUUCUAUCAAUAUCUAAAUAUAGAAAGCGGGAAGAGAUAGGGACACCCGCGCGAGAGAACAAAUCCGCAAAUUUAAUAUUACCGAUGCAACUCAGAUUCUUUAUCAGCACUACGCCAGAUUGUGCAACAGCACUCUAGAAAUUUAUUUAAAAAAACCUUUCCAAAAAAACCUUUGCAUUCUCGUACACAGAGUCCUUGUUUUGAAUCCGUUUUUUUCUAUUUCGAGUCCGGGUUUUCAAAAGUCAAGUCUGGGUUUUCUUAAACACAAGUCCGGAUUUUUUCCCAGUCCAGGUCCGGGUUUUUCUCGAGUCCGGAUUUUCUUAGAGUCCGGUCCGGGUUUUGAAGUAUGCCUCUGUUGCCACGAGAAAGCAUUGGAGUAUGACGAAUAUGACGACAAACUUACUAGCGCACAAAAUCAAGAGUUCACUUGUAUAACAAGGCCUGUCUUUGUUUGUGCAAAAUAUGCUAUCAAAGGACGUGCUUGA